GCGUUAAUACGAGUCCAAUGGAGUUUCCCAUCUCCUUUAAAAGUAUCUAUGUGACGGCUAGUCACAACCUAGCUAGCUUGGCUACUUGUGUCUCAGUCAGUGUUGGGAAUGCAGCCACCACUCCCACCGGAUGCAGUCAGAGAGCUGGUGUGUUCCUGUCUUCACAGGGACCCAGUAGCCGCUGAUCUGAGAUGCAGCCUGUUUGUGGCAGCUGCUCAGAACUACAAGCGGGACUCAGUUCUUAGACCAUAUCCCCCCAGAUACAUCAGAGACAGAGACACCAAGGAGUUUGAUGAAUUGCUGUCAGAUGUCAGCAGUUUGCCUGGUGUGAGGGAGCUGGUGAGACUGAGACCUGGUGAAGCUGACCAUCAUCUGGCCCUCACACACUGGGUUCUCUCCUCCAAGAGCUUCGCUGUGAAAACACUACAGAAAGACGAGUAUGCCAAGCUGUGUAACCUGACGGAGAGUGAGGGGAUCUCCACGCCUGUUCCAGACUUCCUGUUUGAGCUGGAGUACUGCGACCAGAUGAACGCCAAGUUUGAGAAGACACGGGCGGGACGCGACCUCUUCUAUGCAUUCCACGGCAGCCGACUGGAGAACUUCCAUUCUAUCAUCCACAACGGACUACACUGCCACCUCAACAAGACGUCGUUGUUCGGAGAGGGCACCUACCUCACCAGUGACCUCAGCAUGGCGGUCCUCUACAGUCCCCAUGGCAACGGUUGGCGUGACAGUCUCCUGGGACCGCUGCUAAGCUGUGUCGCCGUGUGUGAGGUCAUCGACCACCCAGACGUUAAGUGCCAGGUGAAGAGGAAAGACUCGGAGACCAUUGACCGUCAGCGCUCCAGAGCCAGGAACAGUGAAGGAGGAGAGGUCCCUCAGAAGUACUUUGUGGUCACCAACAAUCAGCUGCUCCGAGUCAAAUACCUGCUAGUGUACUCUCAGAGAAGACACCUGUCCAGACAUUCCCGGGGCAGGUCAUGGCUAGUCAGACAUCACUUUGCCAUUAUGAUGAGUCUCUAUCUGCUGCUACUCAUCUUCAUCGGUGCCUUCAACUCCACCACAUUCCUCUCCUUCUGGAACAGGCUUUUCCGGUGACGUCACAAUCGCAAGACUGUCUCGUCCGGUGACCUCACAAUCGCAGGACCACACUCUUCUGGUGACGUCACAAUGAAAUCACCGGACCUCACUAAUCGCAGGACUUCUGUUGCAGUCACACGAGUCUCUGGUGCUUUCCUACUGCAGCCCCGGUUGGUCCAACCUGAGGCUCUCUAUAGGCUUAUUACCCCCAGUGUUUCCUGGGGAAAUGGUUUCUCUUUUCCAUCCUUAGGGCUGACAUUGAGGACUUGUUGAACUUGACACACUGCUCUUCCCAUAUCUGAAUAUUCAAACCGUUUCUUAUGAGAAGGAAUAGUUCAUAUAUACAUGGACCAUACUUGUCAUUCAUAGUGCCUUCCAUAACAGAGAGAGACACCGACCGACCGAGAGACAAUCGGACAGAUGGGCAAAUAGGACAUCAAUAUUAUACACUAUUUCCCUUUAAUCUCUUUCCUUUCUUCCACCUCUUUGUAUGUACAGUAUAGGUGGUUAUUACCACGAGGUCGACCGAUUAAUCGGAAUGGCCGAUUUUAAUUAGGGACGAUUUCAAGUUUACAUAACAAUCGUAAAUCUGUAUUUUUGGACACCAAUUU